UAUAUAUAAAUAGUGGCCCAUAAAAGAAAUUACGUUUCUCUUUUCUCUCUGUACAAUUUUUUUUUUUCCUCUCUCCAAAAGCGGAGCCCUAAAGCUGCCCCUUAUCUUCUCUUCCCAUCGAAGUCCAAAUCAAUCCAGUGGAAAGUAGCUCAUUCGGAGAAGCCAAAUCCAACCAUAGUUCUCACAGAUCGGCUUCUUGAAGUUCAGGCUUUACAGUUCAAAUUAUCCUGCUGCUGCCUUGUGGGAGGCACCCGACAUCUUAGUGGUUGUGUUGUUUUAUUGACAUCUCAAAAUGCCAAAGGAGAAAAGAGAUCGUUCUGUGUCUUUCAAUAGGUCUAGGGCAUCUCCUUUUCCAUGCAGCUCCAGUGGUUGCUCAAGACGACAGUUGCCCAAGAGCCCUUCUGAAAGUGAGGAGAACGUAAAAGAAUGGGAGGACGCACGAUGCCCCGUCUGCAUGGAACAUCCUCAUAAUGCUGUUCUCCUCAAAUGCUCCUCCCAUGAGAAAGGCUGCCGUCCUUACAUGUGUGACACAAGCUACCGUCACUCAAACUGUUUUGACCAGUUUCGCAAGUCAUUUGUAGAAACCUCUUCAGCAGUGGUACUGUCUCCACAAGGAGAAAUUCCUCCCUCGACUACUCGCACAACCCACACAAUGAUUUCAGAAGCAACAGUCACUGAUUUGCAUGGUGAAAGAAGUGAGGAAGGGUCAACCUCCUUGUCUUGUGAGAACAAAGACAAGUCAAAGCUGGUAUGUCCUCUUUGUCGUGGGCAGGUAAAUGGGUGGACUGUUGAGGAGUCUGCUCGUCAUUUCAUGAAUGCAAAAUCAAGAAGCUGUGCUUGUGAGACGUGUGAUUUCAGCGGCACAUAUACAGAUUUGAGGAAACAUGCAAGAUUGGUGCACCCCUUUGUGCGGCCAUCAGAGGCUGACCCAGAGAGGCAGCAAAACUGGAGGAGGUUGGAGCGGCAGAGAGAUCUUGGAGACUUGAUUAGCACACUACAGUCUUCUAUUGGAGAGGAGAGGAGUGAAGAAAGCUCUUUACCUUUUGAUGAAGGAGGUUGGCUGAGUGUGUUUUUCCUUGUUCGAGUUUUCCGACCUGAGAGUGGUUCAAGGAGCAGUAGCCGGUCUGGUACCUCGAGAAUGACUGUUAGAAGGAGAUCAACAAGGCAUUGGGGGGAGAAUUAUGAUAGGGGUGCUGAAUCUGCUUUAGGAGAGGGUGAUAAUGAGUCCUCGGAUGAUGGGUCGGUUCCCCGCAGGCUCCAUGAGUGAAUCUGGUGGCGACCAGCACUAGCUGAUGAGUCGUGUCUUUAAAACUUUCAAUUUGCUUCAUAUUUUUUCUUUGGAUGUUUCAAUUGUAGGACAAAGGGAAGAAAUGCUAGUUCUUUUUCUAAUGCUUUGGAAUCUGUUCUGUUGAGCGCGGAAUAGUUACGAAACAGAGAAAGUGAACACAAAUUGUAAAUUUAAUUUAAUUUAUUUUCAGUGAAAAAGUAUAUACCGUUGGUAAAUGUUUAUAGCAAAAUGCUUGGGGGUUUAUUUGAAUCUGAGUACAAUUUUAAGUCAUUUGGCAAUCUUGUGAUAUCCUUCUACAAAAGGGCUUUUAUUAGUUUCA